AGAGUAACAGUCCAGUGACGAGUAUUUUUAACAUCUUAUACAGACCAUCACAAUAAUGGACAGCUAUCGACAGAUAAAGGAUUACUUUACUAAAUAUAAAUGGACACUGUUGAUAUUCACUUGGAGCACAGCUAUUAUAUACUUACACAUGCAGUACGCACGUGUGUCAAAUCCAGUUUCUAAAAACAGAAUGGAAGACAUUGGCCCAAAGAGGCCGAUAUUCAAAAUAAAAUACUAUGAUGUAUUAUUGAAUAGUUUCAUGAGGGGCGGAAGUACUUUAACUGGAAUGGUUCUCGGGCACAUAGUUGAUACUUUUUACCUUUACGAACCCUUGCUGAAAAUUUCAAUGUGGACAUAUUGGCAUGGCUACAGCAUGGUGUGCAGAUCCAAUCGUCUUGAGUGCAG